AUGCGACCGAAGACUGCCGCCAUCGUGGUCCUGCUGAGCAUUUCACUUGCGCAGUCCGAAGAAGAUCCCAUUCUGAAGCAGAAGUUCGAGGAGCACGGCUUAGUUCCCGAUGUUAUCGGCAAAGCACCCGGCAGACUCGUGAAGGUGUACUACGGCGAGAACGGUACACUUCAGCCCGGCGAAGUCUUGCCGCAGGACCAGAUACAAGGCGAGCCAGAAAAAGUUUCAUGGGAGGCCGACCCCGAUGAGUUGUAUACGCUCAUCAUGACGGAUAUCGACGCGCCGUCCAAGGAAAACCGGUCUGAUGGGGACGAGAAACGUUGGCUAGUGGUGAAUAUUCCGGGGUACGGUCUCGCCGAAGGCGAAGUACGAUCUCCAUACGAACCCCCUCAACCUGCGGCGGGAACAGGUCUCCAUCGCUUCAUAUUCCUCGUGUAUAAACAGUCGCAGACGCUCAACUCUACGGACGAGGAUCCCGAACCCGAGACGACAACCGGGGAAUCUGAGACUUCAACGCCCUGGACAAUCAACGACUUCGCUAGGGUCAACGAGCUCGGCGAUCCAAUCGCAGGCAAUUUUUUCCGAGUGGAAGGAAUGGCGACAGAGGAGUGAGCGAGCCUGCUCACUAGCCGACCAGAUCGCGCAACCGAAAGAAAUAAAGUUAACUCUCGGUCUGCCUGGGCUCACUCGGCUGCCGGACACCGAUAAAUAUUGCCGGACUCCGG